AUGGGAAAAAAGCGCUUCGGAAAUCAAGAUAUUGACAAAUUGAUCAAAGCAACGUAUAAUAAUCAACCUCAGUUUAGAUUAGAGUGGAUACCAUUCAACGAUUUUGUAGAUAUAAAACGAAUUGGAACGGGUGGUUUUAGUGAAAUCUAUGUUGCUAAAUGGACAAAAGGAAGAAUAUCUGAUUGGAAUGAAAGAACAAGUAGAUUUAAAAGAAGUGAGAAUAAAAUUGUUGUGUUAAAAAUCCUUAAAGAAUCACAAAACAUUGAUUCUGAAUUUUUAAAAGAGUUACAAAAUAUUGUUAAAUGUCAACCUAAUUCCACCAUGCGACAUAUUAUUCAAUAUUAUGGGGUGUCUCAAAAUCCAAAGACAAAUGAUUAUAUUUUUGUUAUGCCAUAUAUGUCCAAUGGAA